AUGUUGAGGGGCGGGAUGACUAUAAAGGCGCGGGCCCGCCAAGCUCCCGGCGCCAUUUUACAGGUGACUGAAGCGAAGCAGAAAAUGUCGGGGAGAGGUAAAAGCAGCGGCGGGAAAGUCCGGGCUAAAGCCAAGACGCGGUCGUCCCGGGCUGGGCUGCAGUUUCCAGUCGGCCGAGUGCACCGUCUGCUGCGCAAGGGUAACUACGCCGACCGGGUGGGGGCCGGGGCGCCGGUUUACCUGGCGGCGGUGCUCGAGUACCUGACGGCCGAGAUCCUGGAGCUGGCGGGCAACGCGGCCCGCGACAACAAGAAGUCGCGCAUCAUCCCCCGCCACCUGCAGCUGGCCAUCCGCAACGACGAGGAGCUCAACAAGCUGCUGGGCGGCGUCACCAUCGCGCAGGGCGGCGUGCUGCCCAACAUCCAGGCCGUCUUGCUGCCCAAGAAGUCGGGCUCGGGGCCGGCCACCGGUGGAGGCAGCGGCGGCGGCAAGUCCGGCGGCAAGAAGAGCUCGCAGCAGUCGCAGGACUUCUAGGGCGCCCCGCGGCGGCCGGGAGGGGGACAAACACCAGCGGGAGGACUCGUCCCAAAAGCCGUAAGAGAAAUCAUGCAAUGGACCUUAAAAGACUAAACUUGAACCCAAAGGCCCUUCUCGGGACCUUUGACAUGGACAUAAGGGGCUGUUGAGGCUCCUGGCUUUUGUUUUGUGUUUUAUGCAUUUUUUUUUGUUACCAAACUUGUGUUCCACUUUUUAUUCUUAUAAAAAAACAUUUAAAAGCUUCUGGUUUCAUGACUUCCUUUUUUUUGCGCAAACCUGAGAUGGGUCUGCAUUUUCUGAUUGCAAGGGGAUGAAAUUGUUCUUGUUUCUGUUACAGAUUAUUUGGGCUGGGGUGAUUUGUGAGGGUUAGUCAGGCGGCCGGGUUAGAACUUUUAUGCCACGUAAGCGGAUGGAGGGUUGCAUUUCUGCUUAACUCUUGGGAUUUGUCCCCGCCGCACCCGACUUGAUUUCUAUUGCAUUGAAUUGGAGCGCGAAAGCCUAUGUCCAAGUUGGCGUGGUAACUUAUUCAGGCUGUUAGUGGCUUGUUCAAGUUGCUUCAGUGUAUUAACUUGCACAAACAAUUCCUCAACAGUGCCUUCAGGAUGUUGUGCAGAAACCUAUAAACAAUGCACGUGGCUGUUUAAUGUGGGUUGCGUGUUUUAGUGAGGGUUUUUGUUGCUUGAAUCCUGUGAGAAAUGAGUGAUGCGACCUCAAUUUACUGAAACUUUGACGUAGUUUUUCUUUUUGACAAAUGUGAUGCUACCUUUGUCACGUGUCUGGCUACACUUGCAACUAGCCUUGUAACAAUGUUAAGGUGGAUGUGUUCUAAUGUGGGAUUCUGUCUGAUAAACGAGUUGGAUUUCAAAAUCUGCAUAAUGGUUUAUUCUGUAAGAUUGUGCAGAGGCAAGAAUUGUUUAACUUUUGAAGACCCAGUAAGCUGCCUUUUUAGUAAGUGUACACUGCUGGUUCAGAAUAAAGAUUUUCCUAUUUACUUAAAA